AAAUGCUUUUCUCUCCUCGCCACCUUCCCACCUCUCUCCCGUGAGGACCAGCAUGUUCAUCUCCUGUCCAGAGUGUGUGACCUGUCAAGAAAAAUCAUUCUCUAAUCCCCCGCCACGUUCCACUGAAUCAUUCCCACUUCUUUAAAGCCUCUUGGGUUUCUAUCAAGAUUUUGUGUAUAAAUAGGUGGCUUAGGGUAAUGGGCAACCCCAUCGGAUGCGUGUGAAGCCAAGACACGAGACGGGCGUCGUCGUCGUCAUCAUCAUCUUCUUCUUCUUCUUCAGACAAUGGAGGCUCGUAGGUUUCUCGUGUCGUGCCUGAGCUUUGCCCUUCUGUUGAGUGCAGUCUCGGCUCAGCUCAGGACGGAUUUCUACAAGAACACGUGCCCGAACGUCGAGUCCCUCGUCCGGUCGGCCGUGACCAAGAAGUUCCAGCAGACCUUCGUCACCGCCCCUGCAACUCUCCGCCUCUUGUUCCACGAUUGCUUCGUCAGGGGAUGCGAUGCUUCAGUGCUCAUAGCGUCGCCCACCAACAAUGCCGAGAAAGACCAUCCCGAUGACCUGUCGCUCGCCGGCGACGGGUUCGACACUGUGAUCAAAGCUAAGGCAGCAGUGGAUAGUGUUCCUCAGUGCAAAAACAAAGUCUCUUGUGCCGAUAUCUUGGCUCUUGCCACUAGAGAUGUCGUUUCGUUGGCAGGGGGGCCGUUCUAUAGUGUUGAAUUGGGGAGACGCGAUGGAAGAAUAUCAACUAAACUUGGUGUUCAACACAAUCUUCCUCAGCCUGGUUCCAAAUUGGACCAGCUCAAUUCUAUGUUCUCUUCUCAUGGUCUCUCCCAAACUGACAUGAUCGCCUUAUCAGGCGCGCACACGAUUGGAUUCUCUCACUGCGGCAAAUUCUCCAAGCGGAUCUACAACUUCAGCCCGAGAAGCUCGAUCGAUCCGACCCUGAACUUCCGCUACGCCUUGCAGCUGAGGCAGAUGUGCCCGAUCAACGUGGACCCCCGGAUCGCCAUCAACAUGGACCCCACAACGCCUCAGACGUUCGACAACGCCUACUACAAGAACCUCCAACAAGGAAAGGGCCUCUUCGUCUCCGACCAGACAUUGUUCUCCGACCCGAGGUCGAGGGCCACGGUCAACCUGUUCGCAUCAAACAACGCGGCGUUCCAACAGGCCUUCGUCACUGCGAUCACAAAGAUGGGUCGGAUCGGGGUCAAGACUGGGAACCAGGGCGAGAUUAGGAUUGAUUGCACUCGCCCCAACUAGGACUAUUUCUUUGGUCUAUGAUUUAAUUGUUUUUCCAUUUUAUGAGUUGAGUUCUAUGUUAGUUGGUCAGGAUUUCGUGAGAGAGUAGAAUAACAGGUUGUUGGCGAAAAUAGUGAGAUCUGAAUCAUGGCGACGACCUUGUAUUGUAAAUCAAAUCCCUGACGAAUAAGGAUUUCCAGGAAAUUCACACUUAUGAUGCAUUCUUUGUU